UCAUCAACAAUCGACAAAGAGUGCGAGACCAGAAGGACCCCACAGGCAUGAAAACAGAAGCCGGGCGAAAAUACGUUUAGAUAGAUAUAAUUACACUUAAGUCUCUUGCUCGGUACCCGUUUGUUUCUGCUAAACAGCGUCAUGUUUAUCUCUUCACAAAACCCACCGCCCUCCUUCAAAGACUUCACCCUCGUCCUGCCAGCUGUGGCUGUUGGUAACGUGGGCCAGCUGGCUGUGGACCUCAUUGUGUCCACUCUCAACAUGAGCAGAGUGGGCUACAUACACACAGACUGUCUCAUCCCCAUGACUGGAAACAACCCGUACACCAUCUGUAAAGACGACGCUGAGCAGCUGCACACACCUGCAGAAGUUUACACAGCAGCAGAACUGAAGAUGGCAGUUCUUCAAAUCAGGGCGCCAAUUAUUCAGACAAAAUCCAAAAAGUUCCGUCAGCUGCUCGUGUCUUGGAUCAAAGCCAGCGGGUUCUCCAGGACUGUGGUUCUGUCCAGCAGCCACGCCUACCAGAGGGACGACCAACAGCUGAAGGGCACUCCUUUGAGGUACCUGGUCACUCCGGCCCUGCUGAAGGUGAGUGCGGUUGCGCUGGAGGAGCUCGGCUGGAGGGAGAUGGAGCGGGUGGCGGCCCUCCCAGGACUGACGGACGCCGACACAGACCCGCGCCUCUACGUCCCCGGAGGAGGCAUAACCAAAGGACUCUACGUGGACAGCUGUGCAGAGGACCUCCCGCUGGCUGUGCUGCUGCUCUUCUGUUCAGAAGGCGACAACAUCCCAGACGCCUUCACGCUCCUCAACCACCUCAACGACUGGCUUCAUCUGCUGGACAAUCCUAGCCAAAAGCCCAACAAAUGGAAGAUCCCAACUUCCUGGAGUCUUCUUUUUGGCAAUGGCAUUCCUCCAGCACUGUUCUGAUACCUACAUAUUUAGUUCUGGUUGUUCUAGCUCAUAAUUAGCUUUUAGGAAUAUGAGAGAGAGAGAGAGAGAUAUAGAGAGAUAGAUAGAUAAAAACACACACUGAGUUCACCUGGUUUGGACCUAAAACCCUCCUGCUCUCCAACAUUUAUCCCAGUCUUCUUUAUUCUGGUAAUGAUCUAUUGUGUGUACAAACAUUGUCAAGUGCAGGAAUUUCAUACUAUAUCCAAGUAUUGCAGCGUUUGACAGAUUUAUUAUUUUUUUCCAAUAAAAGAUUGUGACAAGAAUCCAGUGUGGAUUUAUCACUGAACCUCGGCCUCAGCCCGCUUAACCGAAAGUGGUUGGCCGGGUGCCACAGCGUCUUCCUGGUAGUACCGCCUCUGUAAUUUGAUUCUUUUCCUGCCAACAUGUUACAACAAGUUACACGGUGGAAAAAAAACACACACUACUGAUUCAUAAUUUGUAAAAGCUGUGGUUUUCCUCUCUGUCUGUAUCAUUGUUUUGAGUGGAUUGUGUGAAGGACUGCUUGUGGGGGAAGAAUGUCCAGACAGCGUUUUUAAAAGAGGUAACCAUAAGAUGAAUGUUUGACUCUGAAAAAGUCUAUAUUUAGAAAAGUACUGCUGGCCCUGAAUGUGAUAUUAAUCGCGCAGGAAAAAAUAGUUUCUUAAAAAUAGUUUUGGGGAUCUUUACACUCUGUCAACCCUAAGAGCAUUUUUUUAGAUAGUGUGCAAUUUAGUGAAAUUCACGUUAAAUAAAGAUUGAUACCACUUUAAUAUUUGUGCCAUAAUUAAAAGAUAUCAUUGCCACUCCAACAAAAUCCCACCGUCAAAUCAGAAAUAUAACAUUUACUAAUUAAUCUAAAUUUAACAUCACUUUUCUGUUACAAAUGGAAAAGUCAAAGUUAACGCGCCUCAUAAUUCAUGCCGUUUGAAUUGCUAUGCUAACAUUAGCGUUAUAACCAGACGACUGUCAGCUUAGCUUAGCAUAAAGACUGGAAAUGUGAAAACAGCUAGCCUGGCUCUGUUCCAGGGUAACAAAAUCUACCUUCAUCUACAGCUCAGAAUGUACACGCAUCUCGUUUGGUAAAUCCUUAAAAUAAAAACAUUUUGUCAAAAUAAGUUUUAUAGAUGUGUCCUGAACUGUCUUAGCUAAGAAAGCAGUCAUUUCUAGACCUCAACUUCUACAUCCCUGUAUGGAUUUUGUUUCCAGUCUGUAUGAUAAACUAAUAGACAUAUUAGUAUCAAUAGGCCUCAUAGAAAUUUUGGGUAUUAUUUUAACUUCUCGUACACGUGAGACACGUCAGAUUCCGCUAACGCUCCUUAACUCGGAUAACUGUAAAUAACCAGCGUUGAGGCCCAAUCUUGUCAAAAUAUCAAAUUAUUGCAUAAAGUUACAUCCUUUGUGUGUAAUAAAAGUGCUGCUUAUGACAGAUGUACUAACAGGUUUGUGGCGACCAGUAACCAGAAAAAGAGCAAAGACAGGUUGUUAUGUAAACUAGAUAAUACCAGUUUUAUUUGGAAAUUACACUCUAAGAGAAAAGGGAAAAUUAAGACAGUUUCAGUUCAAAAGGAGAACAAGUCAUCAAAUCAGGUUUCUACUGUAUUCAAAUCUGUAACAUUGUCGUUCGUCUUUUUGUUUUUACAAGCAAAAAUAUGUCUUUUUACACACCUUUUUAAAAACAACACUAUGUACAUCAUGGAAACAUUACAUGCCACUGAAUUUCUCACGUGGGAGGAGGCAGUGCUUUUCAUUUACCCAACCCCCCCCCCCCAUCACUGCUGAAAAACUUCAAGUAAUCUCUUAUAAAAAAAUAGAACAUUUAUUUUUGCCUCUGGAAAAAAAAAAGAAAAAUACACAUAUGAACAGCAUUACAAAUCGUCGAUGCUUUAGCCCCUAGUAUCGGUCCGAUUUUCAUAAAUGCAAAAGACCCAUAAUAGAAUGUAAAAGCUGCAAAUAACAUUAAAGCAAAAAACAACAUUUUUCUGACUCCAGAAGCAGCGCAGGCUGCGUUUGAGGUGUAAUUGGGGGGAGAAAGCGCUGGUGUGUUUUGUCUUUUCAAAUGUGCUGUCUUCGAAGAAUGUCAAAGUGUCGGCUGUAAACAGUUUAGAGAGGAUGAGGAGACGAGGGAAGGCUGUGAGGUGAAGGGACUGAGGAGUGACGAGCGGCUAACGGGAAGAGGGAGAUGAGCGGUGGCUGAAUAAUGUUUCAGGGCUGGGACAUUAAAAAAUAAAAUAAAAUAAAAGCGAUAGUGACGAGAGCUGGCUGUUGAGGUGGAGGUGAGGAAGAGUGGUUAGGAGUCGAGGAAGAAGGACACAGAGGUUGUGAGAGAGCUGGAGAUCCCUGCCGGUUGUUGGCUUCGCUGCCAGAGCUGUAGCUGCAUGGCCGCAGGCGGUGAUAGUUAGCAGUCGCUGGUUUUCGCGCUGUCACAAGACACAAAGUAUUUAAAAGAGGUUGAACUCGAGACACGAUAUUCUACCAGAGUGUCGGUGAAGCUCAAAAGUGAUCAAAGGAAAGUCGUGCCACACAAUCAGGUCAGCUUGGUCAAGUUUACGAGAUCAAACUCAACCACAGAAGAAAAUCUAAAAAGGUAGUUUUGCUCAGCUGUGGCACGAUGCCUCGGAUCACUUUGAUCACACCAACAGUAGAUUGAGUAUAGAUGCAGCUGAAAGCAGCAAUAAUGUUUAGUGAGCAACGCAUCACACGGUGUUCAGAUGCUCUCAGCUGCAACAUUUACACGUCCAUUUAGUUAUUUCAGAGCGUUAGAACACGUGGUUACAUGUGGGAGUGGAACUAAGACUCAUCCCAGUGUGAUGUAGGAGGGGUUUGAAGAUGAGAGUAGCGCUGAAACAAUGAGUCAAUAAGUUGAUUAAUGCCAAAAAAAUGCCAAAUAUUCUCUGGUUCAUUUUCUAUUUUUCUCAAUUGGAUCCUGUAUAUUGAAUAUCUUUGUUGGUCGGACAAAAAAGACGUUUUAAGCUGUAACCUGGUUAGUUACACAGAAGCCAUCAUUGGAAAGUGUUUAGAAAAGGGCGGGCACUCUCGAAAGAAUACUUGGCAGGUGAUUGGAUGAACCAUCUGUCAAUCAAACUCUUGCCGAAGCCAGUCGGAAGAAAAGCCAAAACAUCUUUUCCAUCGAGAAAAGCCUUCAGUACGGUUCUCUGCUCUUCUUUUAAUGAAGAAAUACUUAAACACAGUUAUUGUAAAACGGAUGCCGCCAUAGUUAUUUUGACACACCUAAGCCACGCCCCUAGCUGCCAGUAGCUCCUCACAGGACGCUGAUUGGUCAGCAUAAAUUAAAGGUAACUUGUCAACAGAACCAUUUUUACAGGAUAAAUAUCUAUAGCAGUGACACCAUAGGUUGAUUGACGGUUAAUUAAUCGACUACUAUUUUCAAUAAUCAAAUUGUUCUCGCAGUCAUUUUCAAAGCAAAAGACACCAAACAUUCCUGUUUUGUUUUUUACGCGGUAAUUAAAGGAUUAUUUUUGGGAGUUUUGGACAACACAAAACAGCAAAAGACUACAGAAUCGACAGUCCUCCAGCCUAUUUAAUCAACAAAAGGUCCUCCUAGAUCUCACCAUAACUCUCCUGAUGAAUCUCGAAACCUCCAAACUUCCAUUCAAACUUCAACAAGGCCGGAACUCAACUGAUGCAGUUUAACACCAACAAACCAAUUAGUUGAACGGACAUGCUACGGUGACCGAAGAAACGUUAACAACCUCGUGAAACAACACAGGAACAUGCAACAAACUCACCAGAAGUUACUCUUCCUUGCUGUAUUACUUAAUUACUUCUUUUGAUUCAACGAUUCUACAUUCUCUGUCCUAAAAAAAACACACUUGUCAUCACAAACUAGCAGCACUUUCAUGUGCAAAGCAAUCGUUUAGUGAAGAGAAAACUUUAGUGGUUCACAGGACUGAACAGACGCAUAAAAAGAGGCCACGAAAAAUUUGAAUCUUUGGUGCACAGCAUAACUUAGCGCCUUGCAUUAUUCCAACCCAACCUGACAUUUCAGAGCUUCAACACUUUAACCACAAAUGCACACACACACACACACACGCACACACACGCACACACACACACACACACACCAUGCUAGAAUGCAGCCAAAAUGAACUCCAAACCGCAGGAACCAAGCAAAUCAUGAAAGAAAAGAGCAAAAACCUCAACAGAAACAAAAACACAGCAGACUCCAGCAGUGCACUCACACCUCCUUGUACAAGACUUGGGGCGUUCGUUUUAAAAGCUGCGGGUAAACCUCGUCCUGUAAAUGAGCUCUUCGAGGUUGUUGCUGUCACAGAGGGGGGGGAGGGGGGAGGGUAAAGAUACGCUGCGGCCCCCCGCUGGACAGGCCAGCUCUUGUCAUGUGCAGCAAAUGCAGCCCAAACUGUCCGAGAAGAAGAGUUGAUGAGACCUCGUCAGAAAAUGGUGCAGUUUGGGCCGAAAUGACUGGAACAACAACCGACAUGUCACACAACAAAAGGAGGGCUGCUGGGAAAUGACUUGGUGAGCCAUUUUCUGCCGGGUGCACAGUCAUCAGAAAUAAAGUGCUUCGUCGGGGCAAACGCGUCCUGCCUUGAUGAGAAGGUGAAGUCGAUGUCAGCUAGCUACACAGGUGGCUUCACACUAAAUUACUGAAAAUGUUGGAAGGGGGGGCUGAACUCUGUAUGAAGUCUAACUGGUGCCAACAGGAGGAUGAGUCAUGCACUGGGGAAGCCUACCUGGAUUUCCUCAAAAGAAAUGAAGCUGAAAAGUGACUCAUUUCUUUUACAUUACAGGAGCUGUUGAGUAGAAACUGCUGCGUUUCUUUUCGGCCUAAAGGGAACUAGGAAACUAGGAAGCAUGCUAAAUCAUGUCACACUGCCGAUUUUCUACGUCUCCCGUUAUGGAACCAACAGUAGCUCUCUUUCUUAACACUUGCGGUGGAUUAGAUAUGGUCGGUCAGUGUUUAGUAAUACAAAUUACAGGAUGUAAAUGAAUACAAAAGUGGCUUUUGUGGCGGUGUUUGAUGAAUCACCGUGGAAGGCAACAACAACUUGAUGCUGUGUGUGUGAAAAAUUAAGUGGUUCCGUCCGAAAGAUAUAAUCACCUUUUCCUCUUCUUCUCCGAGUCGUUCGCCCUGGGCUUGCUUUGGGGUGUCUUGGCUGUGCCCGAUUUGGAAAUGCUGUCUUCUCUGCGUCGUUUGCUGUGUAAAAAAAAAGGGAGAGAAACAAUAGGUAAACAGCUCUCAGCUAUUCAGAGCAUCUAUCGGCCGGUUACAGACUUGGUGUACUGACUGUGUCGUGCCGCCUUCCUGCUCCUGCUCCUUGCAAGGAGACUGUGCUGGUACUUUGCUGUCCUGUCUGUAGUCGCCUCCCUCCUCCAGCUGACCUCCCCGCUGGCUGCCGUUGUGUCGCUCUGUUGCACACCUGGCUGGGGGCUGAGUGGAGGGGGGGGACUCUGCUGCCGGCUCCUGAUCUUCUCUGGACAACUCCCGCCACCGGUUCUACACGAGCGAGAAGAACAGGGAAUACAGAGAGAAGAGGAAGGCAUAUUAGCACAUGUGUGUCCUUGUGUGUUCUACUAUAGUUCGGUACUUCUGACAUCCUUCACAAAAGUAAAUAAGCUAAGAUAAACCACUCUGCUAUGAGUGCCAAAGGUAAAGAGAGGCAGAGACAAAUAAAAACAGAAAGAAACUGUUUCAGUCUCAGAGUUUCAGCCCCACUGGCAAGAACAAUGGUAAACGGUAAGGAACUCAUAACAUGAUGGGGAAUUACUGCUCUUUAUAGAGACAAAUGGGUGAAACACAUAAUGGAGGUAAGUUAAAUUAGAAAAAACAUUCACAUUUCUCGGCCAAUGGUUUUCCAGCGUGGGCGUAAAAUAAACCUUAAUGUCAGUCAUGUCAGCUUCUAACCUCUCUGACUGCAUCAAUUAGACUAGAACAUAUUUAGAUUUUCCUCUUAAUUGAGUGUGAAUUGAUCAGAAGCCUGGAUAAACUCACAAACAGACUUAGUACAGUCUGUGUUUGAUCCUUAUCUUAUAUACAUAUCUCUGGAUUUACAACCAAACAAGAGACACCACGGAGAGGAACGAGUCCUUAGUGUACAGAGUGACAGAAUUAGAUACAUUAGAGUGUGUGUGUGUGUGUGUGUGUGUGUGUGUGUGGUGCAGCUACCUGUACGGAGGAGUCUCCCGUGAUGUGCUUGGAUCCUUCGAGGACAGCCAUGAAGGAGAAGCGCAGCUGGUCCGGGGUCUGGAUCAGACCCAUGCGGUACUUCCUCAUGUCCAACAGGAUGCUUUUGAUGUCCACUGAUGACGGGUCUUUCCUCUUCUCCAUCUGGACGGGAAUGAAUUGUACAUUAGCUCAGCUAACCAGGAUGAUAACGUUAAAAUAAAAGGUCACGUGCUCCCUGGUCUGUGUUGGCACUAACACACCCACACCCACACACACACACACCCACCCAAAUGACAAAUCAAGUCACUGCAGAAAAGAACAAAAAGCGAAUCUUUCUCCCGAGUCAGAAUAUGUAAACACUGAUACGAACAAAAGGACUCACCAGGACCACACACGUGUCGACCAAUGAAAACGUCCCCGAACGUCCGAUUCCAGCGCUACAGUGCACCACGGCGGGCCCGUGGUGCACCCCCAACGCUCCCGACUCGCGCACUUUGAAGAGGAAGUUAAGGAAGGAUGCUGGGGACUCUGGGACACCGAAAUCUGGCCAUGUGGUGUAAUGAAAGUGGAAGAUCUCUCUCUUUUCCCCGGUCUGUGAGAGCACACAGAGGUCUCAUUAGCAGGUACGAAGCU